UCAGGGGAGAACGACAACUGUGUUCAAGUUGGCAUUCAAAGCCAAACUGGAAUUAUGGGGGUGACGAGUGAACAUUGGGAUUUUUAACAUGUUUCAAACAUUAGCAGAAAUUUUGAAAGAGACUGAGCCACAGCCUUCUUUCUCCCAGCUGGUGCAUGAUUGCCUAUCUCAGCUUUCAAAAGAGUUCGAGCAUUACUUCCCAACCACAAAAGACCCAUUUGUGAAUAAGCCAGGUGAAUCGAUUUUGUCUGUGCCAGAAGAGGAUCAACUGCUUGAGAUUGCAAGUGACAGUGGCCUUAAAAGUAUGUCUGAGACAACUUCAAAUCUCCAUAUGUUCUGGAUUACAGUCAGGGUGGAAUAUCCUGAGAUUGCCACAAAAGCACUGAAAAGCCUGCUUCCAUUUCCAACAUCCCAUCUUUGUGAAGCAAGAUUUUCUGCCGUGACAGCAACCAAAAUGAGAUUGCAGAGUAGACUGGACAUAAGCAACACACUUCGGGUGUCACUGUCUCCCAUCACCCAGAUGGGACCAUCUAGUUGCAGGGAAACAGGCUCAGGGAUCCCACUGAUUCUGCAUUAUGUUUCCAGAUCUUCCUUGAAUAGAAACUUAUCCUGAGAGAGGACACAGUGUCAAUCUGCCAGUCCUGGAGUUGUUAUUUACCCCCGAGGGGGUUGUACUUACUGUAGCAUGGUUCCACUGUCUCACUUUUGAGUGAAAUUUGCUCUCAGCCUAGACUCCAGAGAACUGAGGAACCUGCCUUGUCUGUUGACUAGGCCACACUAGAUCACUAGACUAAUGCCUUGAGGGAGCGAAUGAGUCAUAGAAGCUGAAGAAGCAACUGCCGUUCUUCCAAAAUACCCAGAGAGAGGCAACGACAGACCAUGGGCAGCAUCGAACAAACAACUGAGAUCCUGUUGUGUCUCUCACCUGCUGAAGUUGCCAAUCUCAAGGAAGGAGUCAAUUUUGUUCGAAAUAAGAGCACUGGCAAAGAUUACAUCUUAUAUAAAAGUAAGAGCCACCUGCGAGCAUGCAAGAAUAUGUGCAAGCACCAAGGAGGCCUGUUCAUAAAAGAUAUCGAGGACUUAGACGGAAGGUCUGUAAGAUGCACAAAACACAACUGGAAGUUGGAUGUGAGCACCAUGAAGUAUAUCAAUCCUCCAGGCAGCUUCUGUCAAGAUGAACUGGUUGUGGAAAAGAAUGAAGAAAAUGGACUUUUGUUUCUAGAACUGAAUCCUCCUAACCCCUGGGAUUCAGAGCCCAGAUCUCCUGAAGAUUUGGCUUUUGGGGAAGUGCAGAUAACAUACCUGACUCAUGCCUGCAUGGACCUCAAGCUGGGAGACAAGAGGAUGGUGUUUGACCCUUGGUUAAUCGGUCCUGCUUUUGCCCGAGGAUGGUGGUUACUACAUGAGCCUCCAUCUGACUGGCUGGAGAGGCUGUACCAAGCGGACCUAAUUUACAUCAGUCACAUGCACUCAGACCAUCUGAGUUACCCCACACUGAAGAAGGUUGCUGGAAGAAGACCAGAUAUUCCCAUUUAUGUCGGAAACACAGAAAGACCUGUCUUUUGGAAUCUGAAGCAGAGUGGUGUCCAGUUGACUAAUAUCAAUGUAGUGCCAUUUGGAAUAUGGCAGCAGGUAGACAAAAAUCUUCGAUUCAUGAUCUUGAUGGAUGGUGUUCAUCCUGAGAUGGACACUUGCAUUAUCGUGGAAUACAAAGGUCAUAAAAUACUCAAUACAGUGGAUUGCACCAGGCCCAAUGGGGGAAGGCUGCCUAUGAAGGUUGAUCUAAUGAUGAGUGAUUUUGCCGGAGGGGCAUCAGGCUUUCCGAUGACUUUCAGUGGUGGAAAAUUUACUGAGGAAUGGAAAGCCCAAUUCAUUAAAACAGAAAGGAAGAAACUCCUGAACUACAAGGCUCGGCUGGUGAAGGACCUACAACCCCGAAUUUAUUGCCCUUUUGCUGGGUAUUUUGUGGAAUCUCACCCAUCAGACAAGUAUAUUAAGGAAACAAACAUCAAAAAUGACCCAAAUGAACUCAACAAUCUUAUCAAGAAAAAUUCUGAUGUGUUAACAUGGACCCCACGACCUGGAGCCACUCUUGAUCUGGGUAGGAUGCUAAAGGAUCCAACAGACAGCAAAGGCAUCAUAGAGCCUCCAGAGGGGACUAAAAUUUACAAGGAUUCCUGGGACUUCGGACCAUAUUUGAGAAUCUUGAAUGCUGCUGUAGGAGAUGAAAUAUUUCAUCACUCAUGCUGGAUAAAAGAAUACUUCACUUGGGCUGGAUUUAAGGAUUAUAACCUGGUGGUCAGGAUGAUUGAGACAGAUGAGGACUUCAGCCCUUUUCCUGGAGGAUAUGACUAUUUGGUUGACUUUCUAGAUUUAUCCUUUCCAAAAGAAAGACCAAGCCGGGAACAUCCGUAUGAGGAAAUUCGGAGCCGGGUUGAUGUCAUCAGACACGUGGUGAAGAAUGGUCUGCUCUGGGAUGACUUGUAUAUAGGAUUCCAAACCCGGCUGCAGCGGGAUCCUGACAUAUACCAUCAUCUGUUUUGGAACCAUUUUCAAAUAAAACUCCCCCUAACACCACCCAACUGGAAGUCCUUCCUGAUGUACUGUGGGUAGAGAGGACCUGAGAUUUCCCAGUUCACAGGGAUACCAAGCAACAUGAAAAAUUCAAGUAUUUGCUGAUGCUACAUCUUGAACAUAGAAGCUUAUACCAAAGAGACCAUGCCUUAUUGACAUCAGCAGUGGAUAAUUACAUGUCGCAUUUGUGAAAUGUUCACAUAUCUUAUGUUUGUUGGAUCACUACAUAGCCAGAUUAUUAAUAUUUUACUUAUUCCGUCAAUAAUUUUUUAUAAAAGAACCAAUGAAUGCAAUAGGAACAACUUCUCUGUGGAAAAGAAAGAUAACAGGAGAUGUAAAUCCAAGCACAGAAGAAAUAGAACGGGCAGAGAAAAGGUUUCCUAGAAGACAGUGAAGAAAAAGGAAAGGGGUGGGGGAGCAGAAGUUAAGCUAGAAGAAGAGAAGAAAGAAGAGAAAUAGAUAAAUGAGAGGCAAUAAGAAGAAAAUAGGGAAGAGAAAAAAUUAAGAUGGAACUUAGCAUGUAAAAACAGACAUUUUGCUCCUUAAUAGAUUGAUUCCCCAAAUAGAGUCCAUGAAUCUAAUUGAGUAAGAAGUGUUCAUGAGCUGUUUUCAAUUUUUCAAAAAGCUUUGUUGAAAUCAUCUAUUUACCAAAACAAGGCUGCAGAGGCUACCCUAAAAUGUAAUACUUUCGUUGGGACUGAAAGUAUUUUAAUUCGGUAACAAAAUCUGUUAUUUAAUGUAAAUUAUAAAUUCUAACAUAUGGCGGUAUCUUUGACUAAAAAUAUGAACACUAGCUAGUGAUAAAAUGAGUUUUAUAGACAAUAAUUUUCAAAAUUGAUAGAAUAAUCAACAAUAAAGACCCAUAUCUUGAAAAAAUUAGGAAAUCCUCUUCUGAACAUUUGAAAAUGCUGUUGCAAUGGUUAAAAUAAGCAACUAAUUUACUUCUGCUGCUGUCUGUAGUUUUUGAUGAUAUUCCCAUGAUUAUCACAUUAUCCCUAGGAAUAUGUGAUUGUUAACUACAUUUCUAUUUUACAUAUUGCUGUUUCCAGUAACACAAACCCCUCAUUGAUCUGAACAUCAAAAGUGAUUUUCUGAUUAUGUAUACUACCUCUUUAAUUCUGAAGAUAACAAGAAUCCAGUGAUGGAAUUUAUCUCCUUAAAUCUCUUGAUUAUCUACUUCUCAUAAAGAUGAACACCAGUGAAGUUUGAUGGCUCUGGUUCACUUCACACAUUAUGCAUAUAUUUUGUGAUUUUGUGAUUUACAUUAUGCAUAUAUUUUAUAAAUUAUUUAACUAUCACCAAAAAAUAAAUGUAUAUCAACAGAAUAUGUGUUAAAAUGUAUAUG